CUUAUGGUUAUUUAACAUUAUUUAUUAUUUGGUGUAACAUACUGUACUCAUACAAUAUUGUUACCAGUGUGUUUAUCAUAAAAGUACUGCUUCAUGUGAACUGUUCAAAUCUGGCAUGAUUAAUGGUGUCAGUGACCUUUUUUUUUGUACUGUUGAAAAAUAGUGGGAUGUUAAUAGGCUGUUGCAUGUAUUAUACAGUAGAUGGCACUAAUUAACAUUGCUUUAUCUCUGUCAGUUCCAGCUAUUCAUCUUCAGCACUAGACUUUGAGAGGGAGUUCGGGUUUGGCUCCGGCCACGAAUCUCUCAGGAUGUCCAGACGCAGUCUCCGUCUGCACACCGACACAAGUCACUAUGGAGAUAACAAUCUGUUUGACUUGUCACUUAACCCCAGUGCCAUCUACUGCCGCAAAGAUGACAAGCUUAGGAGCAGAAGGGCUUAUCAAUCUUUUUCUGGGUCGACUGCGCAAACGCCAAGGCCUUCAACAUCAUUCCUGCAGGCCCAUAACAGCACCCUGAACAGCGGUGUACCUAGUGAUGCCUCUCUGCUGUACUCCCUGCUGGAUGAAUCGUACGUACAGGAACGUACCCUCGUCGACAGCUUCUGCGGUUGGGAUGAGGAUGGUGAUAUCAAAGACCGGGGACACCACAGUGCAGUGGAGGCAAAGCUACAGACCUCCAACGCACAAAAUGAGCACAACUGUAAAGACUGCAGCUUCAGCAGUGACAGGAGAGAGAACCACGGCUCUCCCUUGACCUCAUCAGUCCGGCACACCGAUGCUGGGCAUCAAGCGUCUUUCGCACUUUUGCCCAGCUCUGCUUCAUUUCCUACUGCCUCAAACACUACAGUGUACUGCAGGGACAAUCGAAGACAAAAGACAGGUGUGUUGAGGGUGUUGUCGGAGAUGUGUAUUAAUAACAGCAGGAAAAUGGCUACCUAUGUAGCUUACAUAUUCACCCUGCUGAUGAAAUGCAUCCUGCUUAAAGGCCUACUGCUCUCAAUGUGGGGAUGCUGUGUGCGGCUAUGUAAGAGAUUUUCUGGCUUCACAGUCGCUGUGCUGAGAAAGACCCUGCGGUGGAGAAAAAACCCCAGUGUCACUGUUAAUGAAGGCAAUGAGAAAUACUACAGCACUAUGAGUGUUAAAGAGGUGGUGGUGCAGGAGCGACCCAAACACAGCGGCGUUUUGUGUGACGACUGCAAAAGAAAGAACACUCAACAUUACCACGAUAAAGAGCCUGUAGGGGACUUAUGGUCCCUCAUAGUUUUAACAGGGAAGGCGGCCUCAGCAAGUGUCUUGCGGCUUGUCAAUCUCUUUGCCCAGUUUCUCCCUAUGCUGUCAAAACUCUUAUUUCUUGUCCCCUUUCUUCUGUUUCUCGCUAUGUGGUACUGGGGCCCGUCGGGACUGGUGGCCCUGUUGCCUUCUGCCAAUCAUCACAAAGCACCAAAAUCACAGACCUUCACGGGUGACGCCAAAGAGGGACAAUCUCCUGUCGAAACAAACACUCAGCGGGCCUCAGUUCUGAUGUCUUCAAUCGAGGCGGAGAGAUUUGCGCGGUUGGAGGAGAAUUUGGCUCAGCUAUGGGAUCGAGUGGCGGGAGGCUUGUUGAGACAGGAGGAACAGCACACUGAAGUCCUCAGUCUCUAUAACACGCUGCGAGUGGAGUUUCACAGACACACAGACAGAGAGAGCAUGGCCAAGUGGAUCGGAGACAUGCUGGAGGAAAGAUUCAGUUACCUGAAGGGAGAAGUGGAGAAACAGUCCAAGCACACGCAACAAAAUCGAGAGAAACACAAGGACGAUGGACAGUCAGAGAACACUCGACUGGCUGAAGCUGAAGCUCUCCUACAAACACUAGCUCGCAGAACUGAGGAGCUACAGAGAAAACAGGAGCAAGAGGUACAGAGACGACUGGAGCAGGAACGGGCACAGAGAUAUAAAGUUCCUGAGGCGGAGACGGGCAAAACAGAUCCUGACGACAGUGACGAGUCUGACGGCAGCUCUAGUGAAGUUGUGCUGUCAGAGGUGAAGAGGCUGGAUGAUGAGUUGGACCGCAUCAGAGACGAUGUACAGGGCCUGAUGGGAUGCAAAGACAGAUGUGAACAACUGGACGUUCUUAAGAACUCUGUUUCAGAGCAUGUGGAGAAGGAAGUAAGGUCUCUGUUUUACGGCAGUGACACAGCAGAUGAGCUGAAGCUUCCCGAGUCUCUCAUGCAAUGGCUUUCUGAUCAAUUUGUGAGCACCACUGAAUUACAGGUGUCACUCCGAGCUCUGGAGAGCAGCAUUCUGGGUAACCUGUCCCUACAGAUAGAGGAGAACCAGUCACCAUCUAAAGAGACGAUCACCAAAACUGUACUGCAAGCUACCGGAGAGGCCGGACUCACAGAGGAUGAUGUGCAAUUGAUUGUGAACAAUGCUUUGAAGAUCUACUCUCAAGAUCGCACCGGUCUGGUGGACUAUGCAUUGGAGUCUGGAGGGGGCAGCAUAUUAGGCACACGUUGCACUGUGUUGUUCGAUACCAAAACUGCAUUGAUGAGUCUGUUUGGCAUCCCGCUGUGGUAUUUCUCUCAGUCUCCACGUGUUGUCAUUCAGCCAGAUGUGCAUCCUGGGAACUGUUGGGCGUUUAAAGGUUCAACUGGAUUUCUGGUGAUUGGUUUGGCCUUGAAGAUUGUACCAACAGCGUUUUCUCUGGAGCACAUUCCUAAAUCCCUCUCACCCACCGGCAACAUCAGCAGUGCCCCUCGAGAAUUCAGUGUAUAUGGUUUGGAGGAGGAGUAUGAGGAAGACGGGCAGUUGCUCGGACAGUUUACUUAUGAUGAUGAAGGAGAUGCUCUUCAGACCUUUUCAGUUACUGAGGAGGUCAAGAGUAGUUUUCAGAUAAUCGAGAUGCGAGUGCUGUCUAACUGGGGUCAUCCGGAGUACACCUGUAUGUACCGUUUCAGAGUGCAUGGUGAACUCGCUGAAGAAAGUGAUGCUGAUGCUGACACAGACACCGACGUCGCAGAUGCCGAUGCCGACAUCGACACUGAAUGAGAGAAACCAAUAAUGUGCCAUAAAUCUAUAGAGCAGCUGACACCUGAAGACAUAAUGAUAUGUGAUUAUUUACUGGUAUGUGAAUGGUUAAUCCUUAGCACUUGCUCAUCUGUCUUAAUCGUGUAACAUCAGGGUUGUGCUUUUCUUUUCAGUUUUUUUAUAUUUAAAACCCAAUAUGGCAGAAUUGUUCACCUGCAAACAAAAUGCAUCGAUUAAAUUCUCUGAAUGACAUGAACCAGAGGAAUGUAUUUUAGACAAAUUGUAAGUCUUGUCAAUAGGUUCUCCAGUUUUGUGAUUAUUUAUUUGUUUGUGUGUGGGUCUAUUUGUUGUUUUGCUAACUAAAAUGUGCCCUAUUUAAGAAAUGCUCAUUUCUAGCUAAUUGCUAUUUAUUUUUGACUAAGCUGAUAUAAGCAAGACUGGAUUGUGUAUUUUUGUAAAUGCUUUAUUCAAAGGAUUUUGUAAUUGCCAUGUGAUCU